GCUUUGAAGUUUGACCUGACUUCGAAUUUGUUUUCAUACAGAUAUAUAAUAUAUAACUACUCUUUGUUUGCUUUGCUUUGUUUAAUCAUGUCGAUUUAGUGUCGCUUAAGUGUAUUUAGUUGCAUUUCAUGUACUCUUCUAUCUAAUUGGAAUUUAACUUUAUAAAACAACAAUAUAAUAGUGCCCAGCUGUUCACACAACGCCCACGUUAAGGUAACAACAAUACUCAACAAUAUUCGUCAGCAAGAAGCCGACAAGUGGCCAUAUUUAAACGAGAUUACAAUCGAAUAAUAUCGAAAAUACAAAAUGGCUUGGACAGGAUAUCAAAAAUUCCUUGCAUUGAUGAUGGUCAUCACUGGCUCAAUUAAUACCCUGAGUACCAAAUGGGCGGAUAAAUUGGAAUCCAAAGGUUCUGAUGGAGAAAUCAGGCCAUUCAAUCAUCCAUUCCUUCAAGCAGCUACAAUGUUCUUAGGAGAGAUAUUAUGUUUAGUUACAUUUAAAUUAAUAUAUUUUAAAACAAGGAACACAGGAGGGCAUGCAUUGACACAAGGCAAUCAAAACUUCAACCCAUUUAUAUUGAUGCCGGCUGCAAUGUUUGAUUUGAUUGGCACCUCAAUAAUGUACAUAGGGCUUACUCUUACAUAUGCAAGCAGUUUUCAAAUGUUCCGGGGCUCGAUUAUCCUCUUUGUUGCUGUAUUUUCUACAACAUUCCUUGAUCGUAAGAUUGUUUCGAGAGAAUGGGCUGGAAUAGCAGGUGUACUACUAGGACUGGUUAUUGUUGGAGCUACAGAUGCGAUAUACCAGGCCCCGGGGGAGGCUAAAGGUAGGAACAGUGUUAUAACAGGAGAUAUGUUAAUCAUUGUCGCACAAGUUGUGUCCGCUUGCCAGAUGGUGUAUGAAGAGAAAUAUGUUACUGGUUUAAACAUACCAUCAAUGCAAGCUGUGGGAUGGGAAGGUAUAUUUGGUUUUUCAGUUCUUUCCGGACUGUUAGUGAUAUUUUAUUGGAUUCCUGCACCAAGCCACUUUGGCAACAAUCCUCGGGGGACCGUAGAAGAUGCGAUUGAUGGAUUAAUUCAAAUAGGAAAUAACCCUUUACUAUUUGUAGCUGUAAUAGGAACAAUAAUAUCUAUUGCCUUCUUCAACUUUGCGGGUAUAAGCGUUACCAAAGAACAAUCUGCCACAUCUAGAAUGGUAUUGGACUCCAUAAGAACUUUUUUCAUCUGGAUGGUGUCUCUUGCUGUUUCUUGGCAAGUUUUUCAUUGGCAACACCUUGUUGGCUUUUCUAUACUGUUAUUGGGCAUGUUUAAAUACAAUGGUGUAUUGCCAGAGUGCAACCUCUUUCGUAGAAACACUGACAAUGUUACACAAGAAGAAGAAAGAGGUGUUGUUAAUGCUGAAGCUGAUAAUCCUCAAGAUGUAUGAAUACUAUCCCUUAAAUACAUUGAAUGCUACUUUUUUAUGCAAGUAGCAUUGAAUGUGUUAAAGAAAAUACCAUUGACGUAAUUGUUUACAGUAUUCACAUUUCAAUUAUGAUACAAAUACUUUAAAAUUCUUUAUUUACUUUUGCUAUUGAAUAAUUUGUAUCAGAACUGAUGUAUUAGUUAUAUUAUUGGCUAUAAGUAGUAUUUAAGAUCUAAAUGAUAUUUUAAAUGAUCUGGGCUACAUCUUUUUAGGUGCAACGGGUCUUUACCCACACAUGUUUACUAUUUACUGUUUAUUCAUUUAUAAUUUUGUUUACAUCAUAACUAAUAUUGUUUUAUAUUAUGUGUUUUGUAAUAUAAACAAAUAUUGUAGAUAUUUAUAACAAGCUCAAGGAAAUGUAAAUUAGAUAUGUAUAUAAAUAUAUAGGUAAUGAAUUACUUGUGAUACUGACAAACAAGAUUAGAUAUGUUUUGAAUUCUUAUUUAAAUACAAUUGAUGGGCAAUA